AUGGCUACUCCAGUGACAAUCGCCUCUGCUAAGCCUGCUCUUGUUGUGGGUUCUGGCCUUGCGGGACUCACCGCCGCUCAUGAAUUAUUGAAUAAAUACAAUUUAUCAGUGAUGUUAUUUGAAAAAACUCCAAAGCUUGGGGGUAACUCCAUAAAGGCCAGCUCAGGGAUCAAUGGGGUCAACACUCCCCAACAGAUUGCGGUGUUGAAGAAUCUAGAGAAAACACACCAGUCAAAGAAAGAUUCAGUGGAAUUGUUCAUGAAGGACACCAUUAAAAGUGCCAGUCAAGGGGUUUUGGUUGGUCCUCGAAAAGAUCUCCUUUCUGUUUUUGAGAAAUCGCGCAGUACUGAACUUUCCAACUUCUAUAACGAAAAAUUGAUCGAAACUCUCACUAAUAAUUCUAAAGAUGCCAUUGGAUGGCUUACUGAUGAAUUGGAAUUGAAGUUAAACAAGGUAAGUCAGCUAGGAGGUCACUCAGUGGCAAGAACCCAUCGAGGCGAAAAUUUACCACCAGGAUUUGAGAUCAUCUCAACGCUUCAAAAAAGCUUACAGAAAUUCAUCGGCAAGGAAAAAUCUCCACGAUUAGAGAUUGUCACUGAUGCUCGAGUGGUUGAAUUGGUAAAACAAAAAAAGUCAACAGGUAUUGAUGAGAUAGUCGGUUUGAAGUAUAAGGUUGGUGAUAAUGGUGAAAUUACAAAGGUUACUGGUCCGGUUAUUUUAGCGACCGGUGGCUUUGCUGCUGAUUUCCUGGGAGAAUCAUCACUUCUUGCAAAAUAUAGACCCGAUUGUUUACAAUUGCCGUCUACUAAUGGUCAGCAAAGUACAGGAGACGGACACAAAUUGGUACAGGCUAUUGGGGGUGAGCUUAUGGGGAUGCAGGAGAUCCAGAUCCAUCCAACUGGGUUCAUAAAUCCAAAGGACCCAGAUUCUAAAUGGAAGAUUUUGGCGGGAGAAGCCUUGCGCGGUACUGGAGGGUUGUUGUUUGAUUCACGCGGUAAGAGAUUUAUCAAUGAAUUGCGAACUAGAGAUAAAGUGUCGAGCGCGAUUUUUGAUAUUUACGAAAAACAUCCUACCGAUAAGCAACAGAUUGUGAUUAUUAUGAACGAAAGCGGGUAUCAAGAAAUGAGGAUGAAUUUUGACUUCUACAUGAAAGUUGGAUUAAUUCAAAAGACUCUGGUGGAUGAAGUGGCGUCGAAAGUUUUCAAUAUACCGCAUCAAAGAUUACUUGAUGAAUUGACCACCGUGAACAAGUACAUAAAUGGUGAAGAACAGGACCCACUUGGUCGAACUGUAUUCUCCAAAGAGCCAUUUGAUUUAAGUAAAGGGGCUGAUUCAGAGAUCUAUUACGGGCUAAUCACCCCAGUAAUUCAUUUCACGAUGGGUGGUGUCAAAAUUGACGACCAUGCGAGGGUGAUGAGUGAAUCCGGCAAUGCUUUUGAAGGAUUGUAUGCUGCUGGAGAAGUCACUUCCGGAGUACAUGGGAAAAACCGUUUAGGUGGAUCUUCAUUGCUAGAGUGUGUGGUAUUUGGUAAAAUAGCUGCUGAGGAAUUGCUGAAGAAUCUACGUUGA